CGAGUACUCGCGGGAGCUUUCCAGCAGUGUUGUUCCAGCUGUGGCGGAGGACAGGUGUGGAAGUCUGUUACCUCUGGAAACGGCUUAUCUUAGAGACCCAACUUCCCGGGGUGAGCACUGGCGGCCAACAUUUCCAGAAGUGUGGGAACGUCACGGGAAAUACCUUACCGGUAAUCUCUCUUCAACAAGAACGUCGCUCUCGUUAUGAAUGAAUGGAUUUUGGAUUUUGCACGACGAUUAAAUCGAGAGAGAGAGAACUUUAUUCCUGAACAAGUUUCGUUGCUGGAAAUUGCAAAGGCGCUGCGGGGGAAUGCACCAGGAUUGCUUGCAUUGAUGACGCAAAAGGCGACAUGAACCCCACCCCCUCCCACCGAACUCCUGCGGCAUGAAAGAGCGCCUGCCCGGUAUCCCGACGGAGGGAACCUCAAUUGCAGAUGACCUUUAGCAGGAGCGACGCCGGAAGUAGCAGCAGCAGCAGCUUCGUCGGCGACAUGAAGAGGAACAAGAAAAGAAUCUGCAACCACAACAACGACGACAAUAACAGGAGAAUCACCUGGCUUGGCGUGCGAGUCGUCCUCGUGUCGAAACGACUCCCAAUAAGGCCGAAUUACGACCUCUAGUACUCGAUGGGGGGAGGGAGGGGUCUGUCUGGGUCUCUAGAGGACAGGGGAGAGGAAAGACAAUGAGGAAUGAGAGAGAGAGAUAAGGAUGACAAAAGAGGGCGAACUGUGAGAGGAGAGAGAGUUUCUUUGGAAUUCUGCUUUUUCCAGUGAGCAAAAAUAUGUGACCAGGUACAGUUAGCUUUCGGAGGGAAUUUCUUAAAAUGUUUCAGAAAAGCGUCGUGGUUCGUUUCUUGGGAAAUGUGGAAAUGAAGUUGCAAAAGGAAAAAACAUAUAAAUAAAGCGUAGUGAAUGGUCUAAUGCUCAUAAAACCAUAAGUGACUUAGUUGGAAAUAGAUAACUUUAUUGAAAAUCAUCAUAAUUAUAAACACAUUUUCUGCCGGUCAAAUGUUUUCAUAUCAUAUUAAUUAGUAUUCUGGACGUGAAGUAACAGAUUCAUUAAAAGUGAAGUGACCUGAAGAAUUGCAUAAAGUAUAUACUAAUGAAGGAAGCAGAUGUUAAAUUUCAAUGCCUAGAAAAUGACAGUCAUGAACGAAGUUUAAUGUAAAUACUUUAAAAGGGGGCGUUGCUUGAACUCAGCUGGGACAUGACACAAAAGUAGGAAUUCUGAACGUGUCAUAAUGAUGAUGAUGAUUUGUGUUCACAGUAGAACUUCAGUGCUGAAUGGCUCUCGACUCGUCAUAAAUAGCGUGUAAGUAAAGCGAAACUCACGUGCAAUAACCGAGACGUGGAUCAUUCUGGAUUCAGUGGCAAUACUCAGUUACUGAUGAAAUACUAUGCGAAUCACCAAACCUCGUCUCAACGAUAAACGCUAAUGGGGACGGUAAAAAAAUUAAACGAAUGAAAGUUGAAUUCGUGAUGGAUUUAUGCCCAAGUACUACACUGGCGAAAAAGGUUGAGAAAUCAGUUCGUUGUGAAUCUACUACAUCUGCAACUGCAAUUCACAGCUUUAACUUUGGAUCGCUGCAUACGUCCCUUAUGACGACAUGCGUGCCGUCCUCACAAUGUGGGUCGAGACACCGUUCUAGAGCAAUGAAACCUCUGCCGAAGCCUGGUGAUGGAAAAGGAAUUGUAGUGAAUGUUAUUCAUUCGCCCUCUGAACACACCAAGAGAGACAUUCAAGAAUUAAACUCUGGGUCAGGCAAGCUAAAUGAUGAAGUUAAAAAUGAGGUAAAACGAAUCUCGAAUCUGGCAAACGAGCAAUCUAACGACGGACUUGUAGUUAUCGAGCAACCUACAAUUCUCUCACAGGAAAAAGAUCAGGAGUCCAGCGAAUCAAACAAAACCGAAACUAGCUCACAUGAGCCCAUAGAUGAAAACGCAGACUCGCUGCAAAACAGCCAAGAUAUUAACGGUAGCGUCUUUCUCACGUCACAAAUCAAUAAUUCUGACAUAACUACUGGGAGUCAUUCAAAUCAGCGUAACUUAUUCAGUUUCAGUAAUAACUCAGAUUCAAACUGUCACUUUAAGAAAAUUUUUACUGCUGACAUCCAAGAGUGCAAGUCCUCUGAUAACACCUCCAUAUCAAAGGAAAUUUCUCAGGGCCAAUCUCCACAAACAAUCGAGGGCAAUUUGAGAAAAGAAGAGUCUGCCAUCUGCUGUACUACCUCCAAAACAAUUGAGACACAAAAACUAUUUACCCCUGAGGAUCUCUUCAACGAGGACAUGCAGCCAAAUCCAUAUAAAACAAAGUCUGCCAUUUAUCAGAACCUCAAUGCCAGGGAAGCUGGUUUCGUACUUCAGCGUCCAAAUAGAAAACCGAGGGAGGACCCUCUGCCAACCAUCUCUUUGGGAACUAAUACAAAACUGUCAGAUCCAUCUGAAAGUGACGGAGGCCUUAUAGAACCUUUAGCAACCGAAGAUGAAAAGGCCCUACAGGAAGGAGGCAAAGAGUUCAUGGCAAAUGGUCUACCCGAAAUUGUUGCAUCUAGUCCUAAGAUGUCUCCCGAGCUUAGGCCUUACGAAGCUGUUAACUUUGCUUUGGAGCAAAAAAUCGAUAAUUUUGACCGAGACGAAUACGUCAGGUUCAGGAAGGAUUCUCACCUAGAGCUUGAAAUUCCUAAUGCCUCAGAAACGUGGCUACUCCAGUUGCUUCUGGCGAGGCCUAAGAGCAAGAAGACAGCCAAGAAAGGCGAGAAAGGAGGACAAGACUGCUGCAGUAGCUCGUACACUCGAAGAGGAUACCGUGGUAUUCCAGACACCUUUUAUUACAACCCCAAAUCAGUGCCUAAAAGUUUUUCUGAGACUCGUUAUGCUGUAAAAUAUAGAAAUAGAACAACCUUUUCACGUAAGUAUGGUGCAUUGUGCCGAGGUACUCAGGGCCCACUGAAUGCGCAGCUGCAGAGGCCUGGUGGGUGUGGCAGGACAGAAGAACCGGCGGGGAGUAACUCUGCAGACGACACCAGCGUCCCCAAGACGGCGAUGAGUGGCAGCCAAGCAAGACCAAAACCUCUCGUUGCCAGUGCAUCAUUUGAAAGUGCCUCUACAACAAAUAUUUUUGACUUAACAAAGUCUCGUUAUAGUAAAGAUGUCUUUUCACCAUUUUAUAGGAGUUUUGAUGAAAGUUUUAUAUCUUACGGAGAAGCAGAGUCAGCGUCGUCGAGAAACGAGACCUCAGACUCUCACAAAGUCAAAUCAGACAUUAAGCCCAAAUCCGGUGAAAAGCACAGGCAUAAAAGAAGCAAAAAGUCCGCCAAAAACGUCAAGUAUCACAAGAUGGCCAAUCCCGACGAAACGUCAUCGAGCACUGGCGGCAACGUCAAAGAGGGCAGCUUAAACAGCACAAUCGUGGCUCCUAAAAGUCUCCGGUUUGUCAAGAGGCCAAGUUUCAACGUCUCAGGUGCUUCAUGUACCAAAGAGCAGGACCCAUUGGCAACAUACGGCGAAAAUCUAACACCGAAAACUACGAUGGAAAUCUUGGAGGAGGUUCAGUCUAAUCUCAGGGCCCGUCUGGCGUCGUUAGAAGAAGUGAAUGCUUUCGGUGACAACGCAGAAGACAGCGUUGGGGAUGCGACAGACGGGAGGUCUCUGUUCUCUUACAAACUCCUUGAUCGCAAUUCCUCAGCUUCCGUCAAGGCCAGUUCUUUCACGCCUCCGUCAUCGUCAUCUCCGUCGCUGAAGGAGGAAGAUUCGUCGCGCGCAGGCGCUGCCAAUAGAAAGAAGAAAGCCAAAAAGAAAAUGAAGAAGAAGAAGAAGAAACUCGGCCUAACCGGCAAGAAACCCGGGAAGCGAAGAGACGGCCAAGAAGACGACGAAGACGACUCCGAAAACGAGGCCCUCUACAGGACCCCUUCCUCGUCGCCCUCGUCGCUGUCCGGAGACUCGCGCCUGUCCUCCUUCCCUUCGCCGGGAUCGUCACCGAGGAGUUCCUCCUCUUCUUCGUCGUCGUCGUCCUCUUCCUCCUCCUCCUGCUGCUCCUCAUCAUCAUGCUCCUCCUCCUCCUCUUCAGAAUCGGCAAACUCCUCCUCCAAGGACUCGUCUGACGCCGAGGAUUCACUCAUAUAGGGCCGUUAUGACCUAAAGGUUUAUUGUUACUUUGGACCCAUAUUAAUCUUAAUAAAUUCUAUGCUUACUACGAUUGUUAGUGAUAUAAACACACAAAUAAAUAAAUAAAUAAAUAUAUAUAUAAAUAUAUAAUUAUUUAUAUAACAGGACCUCAUUGAAUGUGGAUGGUAUCCAGCGGAGAUACUCAUUAAGAAAAAAGGAUACAAGCUUUCCAGGACUAAAAGUCUUCAUUGUUAAGUUUCCAUCGAAUCACUUUCCAUAAGCUCCUGUUAGUAAUUGUAUAAAUACACAGAACAAUUGCGUAAGUGAUAUUGUUAAA